GACAUUUCCGAAAGGAAAUUUCCGAAUCCGGAUUGUUUUCUUCUUGUGCUUAGAUGAGUAAAGUGAAAAUUCUUGUGGUGCUAAACUUUUUCGAUUUCACUUGAAUUUUCCCAUUGAAUUUCCAACAUUUGUGCUAUGCCAACACAUCCCUAGACUCCCUCUGGAUACUUUAGAAGUGAAAUAUUGCAACAUUAUUUGUGGAUUUUCAUGUAAAAUCACAUUAAAAAGUGAGACAAAGAAAUAAAAACGUGACCAACACUGGGAAAUUAAGUCUGUCGUCAACUGGCCAGGAGAGGAAGUUAUACCAGCAAAAUGAAUGUGUUAGUACGAAGAGGAAAUUUUAUAAAUUGCCGCAAUCUAAGGUACACCGGCGGCAGUGAGGGUGGAAGUCGCUUAACACACAAUGGGACUACACUCACGAGGAGGCUAAGUCGACUAGAUGGUGCACAACUCAAUCUUCCAGCUUACCAUUGGCGACACUACAGUGCAAAUGCCUUAGGAGCUGUCACGACAGUACCACGAGACAUCCAUCGUCCACCGGUGAGAUCGUUGUCGGUGUCUGCACGACGUCUCGAGCAACCCUCGUCGAAGGUUGAGGAGACAGUAAAGAGUAUAAAGCAGGAGAAUGAGGUGAAGGCAAAAGCCACAGAAGCUGAAGCAGCAACAGUGGCUGAACGUGGCUUGGCACCUGUUCCAGAGAAGGCGGUGGUUAAGAAGAGCAUAGGGCAACGGGUAUGGGCGGAAAUUCUUCACUAUUAUCACGGAUUUCGAUUGUUGGGCAUUGAUAUGCGCGUAAGCUGCAAAUUGCUGUGGAAAAUUCUCAAUGGGGAAAAACUCACACGGAGAGAGUAUCAACUACUAAUACGAACAACGUCCGACCUUUUCCGCCUUGUACCUUUUUCCGUAUUCAUCAUUGUUCCCUUUAUGGAGCUCCUGCUGCCGGUUUUCAUUAAAUUCUUUCCGGGUAUGCUACCGUCGACAUUUCAAACGGCUAAGGAUCGGGAUGAUAAGCUAAAGCAGAACUUGAAGGUGAAAUUGGAAAUGGCAAAGUUCCUCCAAAGGACACUCGAUGAGAUGUCGGUGCAACAUAAAGAGCACAGAAGCGAGGCGGCCAAGGAUUUCAGUAUGUUUGUCGCAAAGACAAGGGAAGCAGGAGAACCACCAGCCCCGGAGGAAAUUAUGAAAUUCUCCAAACUCUUUGCCGAUGAAAUCACACUGGAUUCUCUGAGUCGGCAGCAACUGAUGGCCAUCUGUCGAGUGCUGGAGGUGGGAACAAUAGGUACGAAUGCCUUCUUGCGCUUCCAAUUGCGCAUGAAGCUACGAACAUUGGCAGUGGAUGAUCGUAUGAUACAGAAGGAGGGUGUGGAUGCACUCAAUUAUGCCGAACUCCAAGCAGCAUGUCGAUCGCGUGGCAUGCGAGCGUAUGGGAUGUCAGAGGAACGGCUGAAGCAGCAACUUGUGGAGUGGAUUGAUUUGAGUCUCAAUGAGAAGGUACCACCAUCACUGCUGCUCCUAUCACGCGCCAUGAUGCUACCAGAACACAUUCCGACCAGUGAUAAGUUGAAGGCAACAAUCUCAGUGCUUCCGGAGCAGGUGGUGGCGCAGACGAAGGCUGCCAUUGGUGAGCGUGAGGGUAAGAUUGAUAAUCGUACAAAAUUGGAGAUUAUCAAGGAGGAAGUGCGAAAGAUCAAGGAGGAGAAGGAUGAAGAAACCGAGACAGCAGCUCAGGUGGAAGCAAGCAAGAAGGAUGCCGAAGAGCUCAUUGACAAAGCCCAAACAAUUAUUCUCGAGAGUGCAAUGGCUGUGGAUAAAGAGGUGGCAACUGUGUUGGAUAAGGCAGCUGAAAAGCCCGCGGAGAUUUCAUCAAAAGAUCUCGAAGUACUCACAGAUGCUCUUGGUGAGAUUUCCAAAGAUAAGAAGGUACUCCUUGUGGAGAAGGAGCAAAUUAAGGAUCUCAAGGAGGAGAUUGCUGACUAUGCGGAAGAUGUUAAGGAACUCAACGCGGUGGUUAAGCCAACUGAUAAAAUUCACGAAUCAACAGCAGCUAAGCUCCUUCAUAAGCGUGUGAAUAAGAUGAUUGGAAAGUUGGAUAAGGUACUUGAGGAUUUGGAGAAGAAGGAACAAAAGCUCAAGUCUGACAUUGAGCACAUUGCGUCGUCUGAGGAGGAAUUGGCGCAAAAGGAGAAGGAACAGCAGAAGGAGAAGGAGGAACAGCUGGUGUAUGUGGAUGAGCUCAUGUUGGCCAUCAAGAAGAUCCAAAAGGUCGAUGAUGAUUCGAAAAUUCAUCAAAUUUAUGGGAUUCUCGGGAAAUUGGAUGACGAUCGGGAUGGAAGACUCAAAGUCGAUGACGUCCUCAAGGUGAUGGAGAUGAUUGCAAAGGACAAUGUUAAAUUGAGCGAAAAACAAUUUGAUGAAUUGCUUGAAUUGAUUGCCAAGGAAGAGAUUCUCGGCAAUGAAGAUAAAAUUGAGAAGGAGAUGAACAAACAACUAGCUGCGGCUAAAGAGGAGGCAGCAACUGCCCUUCCACCACCAGCUGCUGCGGAAAAGGUUGAUGCGAUGCAGAAGAAGCUCAUUGUUGAUCCAGAUACGGUGACAGAAGCUGUGGAACGACAAAAGGAGAAAAUUCUACCCAGCAAUGGGAUUCCACCGAUUCCACCACCACUACCAAGUGCGUCCGGGGAAAAGACGAAAAAUAGCAAAACAUUGUGACCUCAUGGUUCGGAAGGGAAGGAAUAGAGAGAAGUAAGUUUCGGAUUUUCAAAGAAAACAACAAAAACAACUAUUUCUCUCUACACUAAGAUGCCCCUCCCCCUCCUCACGGCCCCUUCUCCCUCAAUGAUGUACGUACAACACGCAAUUGUGGUAAAAAAUAGUGCAAGAAAAGAAAAAUUUUAAAUAAUUCAGUAAAUUUAUGUGUUUGAGAUCUCCUAUUUUCCUUCUCAAGCAUUUUUAUGGUCCUCCUCCCAACUUCAAGGCAAAUACCCAUUCUACCCACUAAAAUUUCUCUCUUCUCAACCCAAUGAAAUAAUUGCUAUUCCCCAACAUCCUCUGUAAAUAAAUGGAACAAUAUUUAAUUACUCCCCGCGGCUCUCACAGACUUCUCGUACGUUACGCUUCUCCUGAAGGAAGGAAAUUUGUGAAGUUUGAAGAAGCCAUGAGCUUCUCUUUCCUGCAGUUUCAAUCCCAUUUGUAAAUUCCCAACAAGUGAAAAUUUAUUUUACUACUUAAAUACGAGAAUGAUGUUUGUGUAUAUUAGGUCAAUAAAAACGAUGAUGAAGGUGGACAACAAAAAA